UGAUCCCGGUGCAUCCACGAGCCGCGCGGCGCGCGCUCCGUUCCUCCGGAGCUCAGUUCACUAACAGUGAGACAGCACACGGAGAUUACCGAAGCUUUCACUUGUGCAUAGAGAGCACGACACACGGGCUCUAGGUAUAGAAGAAGAAAGACAGGACCUCUGUCUAUCAAACUCUGAAGUGCCCCGGUGCCAGCUGUAUAUGUCAAGCCAACCAUAACGACACAGGACAAUAGAAGCCCAGCCCAGAGACGGCUAUCAAAAAGCAAAUAAUCAAGCUCAUUAGCGCUCUUCCUUCAAGACGACCUUCUCUGAAAAGAUUAACAGAAGAAAGGAACUAAACGAGGAGGGAAAAAAGCCACUGGCAGCUAUUUCUGAUGCUCUGUGGUGAAGAGAACAUCUCAUUUGGGAUUUAGGGAUUGCAGAAAAAGGAUUUCCCCAUGCCCUGCCCAUUUUUCCCAAUGCCUGUAUAAAUAUUGCAUGGACAUAUCGAAUCAACCCUUUUCCAAAAGCGUCCAGUAAAGAGACUAAUUGUAGCAAAUCCCAACAGUCUGUUGCAUAAACCUUCCAGAUUCUCAGAUGCCUAGAAAUCUAUAUUCAUAGGGAUCCUAUAAUUGGAUCCCUAAAAUUCAGAGACACAUCAGAUCUUGACGAAGCAUCAAACCAGUGGUUUAAUCUCCAGAGAGUUUCCUUGUCCUUUUUUGGGCAAGGCAGCUGCUUUGUCCUUUUUAGUUGGAUGCAUUUUUGCAGAACUCCAAAAUGAAGCCAUUAACUCCCAUUGGUUCACCUUCUCCACUGCGGCUCCUAAACAAGGGGCCUGAUUACCUGCGCAGGCAGAUGGAUGCCGGAAGCAGGGGACGUUCUGUCAGUGCUGUAGAGCGACUGGAAGCUGACAAGGCAAAGUACGUCAAGAGUCAACAGGUCAUCAACACGAAGCAGGAGCCUGUGUUAGUUCCCUGUGCGACCCCUCCACCGGUGCCUCGUCGCAGCUUCACAGUGUCGACACCUUCAACGCCCAUCCUCCCAGCUCGAAAUCAAAUGAAGCCUUUCUCUGCACCAUUGUUCCCACGGGAUGAAAAUGAGGACGACUCCAAGAAAGAGAACUGUCGGAAUGAAACCGAUGAGGAAACCAAGAAUUGCAACAAUGCAAACAAGCCUCCUGCAACUUCUCUAAGAACUCCGAUCAUUGCUCCAUUAGUUGCUCCACAUAGUGCACCAAUAAUGCGCAGGAGCAAUGGCAAACGCAUGCUGCGUCCAGACUCCCUGGUCAUUUACAGACAGAAGAAAGAGUGCAAGAGUCCCAGUGGAGGUGGAGAAAAUGCCAACGGCAACUUAGAGGUCAAGGGAUACAGCUUUGUAAGACGGCUCUUCCAGGGAUCUAUGCGUGAAAAGAGCGGUGGGAAUGAGGCUCAAAAAAUGGUGAUAAAUGAGGAGAAGGGGUCUUCCUCUCGAGACGGGGAUUCGCGAAUGUCUUGGUCCAUUGAUAAAGACACUGUCGAUGGCGGGAAUGAGACCAGACGAUCAAGCAAAUCCGAGCGAGAGCACUCAAUGCCCGAGACACAAAACAACAACAUUGGUUUUCAGGAGAAGCAAUCGAAAAACUGCAUGAUCAUCAGUUUACUAAACAGGACGGGGAAUGCCAACAAUAACGACAUGGACCCAUGGAAGCCAGUCGUUCCUCAGAUGCGAUCCGAUUUGAAAUGCUCCAAGUCAGAAUUGAGACUACGCUGUUCGCUAGCCAUGUCCGAGCAGGAACGCUUCUUCGACUACUGUGGAUUGGACCUGGAUAUGGUUGAAAGGCUCGGACCGGAGAACUUUUUAAAUGGGGCAAGUUCAGUCGACACGCUCUCGCUGCUACUGAGGAGUGUCGGAGGCGGCGGCUCAGAGCCCAGCGAGUUUUCCCGACACUCCGGUGAAGGACUUUUCCAGGAGGAGCUUGCCGAGCAGAUUCCUACAGGUGUGUCCAUUAUUGAGAGAAAUGCACGGGUCAUAAAGUGGCUCUACAGUUGUAAGAACGCAGCCCAGGAGGGUCCUAAAGAGUCUACUGUUUGAUUAUCACAAUGACCAAUCCUGAGACUUUCUGGAGCUGUGUUCCAGUCUGGAAAACUACAUUGUAUUUAUUUCACAUGAGACAUUGUAUUUAAGAGAUUUGUUUGGCUUUUCACAGCCAGUACGAGAACAUUGAUGUUAUUUUGUGCAAGUCACAUAUGAAGCUGCAAACCGACACUUCCUUUUAUGACCUACACUGUGGCUUUGUUGAAAUCACCCCCUAUAACCUCAUUCACUAUUACAAACAUUAGUUUACUAAUAUAGUCCACUCGAAGGAGUGGGUGAAAACAAAUGAGCGAAUUUGAAGACUGAAUGUGGCUGUGGACUCUUCUGAUGAAACUCGAAAAUGUAUUUGUUGCAUUUCUCACAUUGCAUGGCUAUUCUGUAGUGGCCUGUUCACUCAUUAUUACGGUGCAUUUUGGGAUUGAAUGAGUACAUGUCCACUGCGGUUUCAGACUAGUGCACUAUAGCUUGUAGGGGGCAAUAAUGAUAUAUAUUUAGCAAUUUCAUCUCCUGUUCUCUAUAAAUAGAAAGUGUCAUGAGUCUGACCUGUUACUUCUGUUUAGAAACGAGUGUUAUUCAUUGAACGUAACUUAAAGAACGUGUCAUCUGAUUAAUAAUUUAACAUUGCAAACCACUAAGCUUUUUCUCUGGGGUUGGGAAACCGAUGCAUGAGUGUUAAAUUAACCAUGUGUACCUCAUUUCCAAACUGUCCCAGUUUAGUUUGUGUGUUGCCUUCUUUCCUUAAACGCAGGCGUUGGAACAAACACACAGAGGACCCCUGUGGGGAUAUUAAUGCACUGAAUUGGAGAAAGAAAUACAGUGGGAGCUAUUUAUCCUGCUAUGAAACAUAUUUUGAACGCUGAGUGUAUGCAAAGAAAAAUGCAAGGCCUUAAAAAAAAAGAUUUUGAGUUUUAUUAACUUAUGCCAAAGAAAUGUGCUGCGUACUGAUGUACAAUAUGUUCCAAACCCUGUUGAGCCGCCUUGAGAGAAUGACGUUCACAGAGUUUGAUUUUAGCAUGUUGCUAAGCUAAUAACCUGGGAAAUACUGGAUUAAACUGUAUGUUUUUAUUAAUAUUUUUACAGUACAGAACAUAAUAUGUUCAGUGUUGGGAAGGUUACUUUGGAAAUGUUAUAGGUUACAGAUUACAAGUCACCCUAUGUAAAAUAUUUUACAAUUACUUUAGUAAAGUAUUGUAACUGAUU